AUGACGGUAAUGAUCACAAAGAUGAUCACAAAGACCAUGAUGACAACAACAGCUACCCAAAAGAAUGGCCUGCCAAAUGAUGCGACAGAAUAUGUAACGAAGUUAUCUCGUUGGGUAAAGAGUGUGAAAAACAGAGGAAUCCUAAAUAUGUCCCUGCUCAAAGCAAUUCCAGAAGGAACUUGCAAAGACUACGGCUGCGAAAAUAACUACAAGAAAAACUGGGGUAAAUAUUGA